AUGAGCACGACGAACGGAGAGGAAUGCAAGCUGAUGCACAGCUCCCCCAACAAAAAGAAGGACCUAAGCAAUGGCACAUGCUCAUCAAAGGAAAAAGAAGCAAGCAAAAGGAAACACUCAUUUAACGACUUCGAACUCGAAAUUGACGAUGACAUUAUUAUCCACUUGUCUUCUCGCAUAUGCAAUAAAAAUGUUACACAUAAAAUACUCAAGAUCAAUAAUUUAAUAGAUGACCAGUUGUAUGAUCACAUCACGAACGGUCAGACGUCCGAGGUAAGCGAAUCUAACGAUGAGAGUGACACCCACGAAGGUAUAGAGAGAACACAAUUAAAUUUACGUAAUGGUUAUGCGGGUUGUCAAAAUGGGGAUGAAUCUUCAAGCAACCCCCUGUCGCACUAUAAUCCGGAAAGAAAGGCCAUAUCAUCUGAACAGCUGCUGCCAACGUAUGAGCUUAACAAAGACGCGCAAGGGAAGAGCAAAGAGAAAGGUAAAAAUAAGGGGAAAGGGGAGCUGCAUUCCGAUGGCCUCACUUUCGCAGAAUGCCUUGCGGAGGGGUGUACUCACUUUGACAAAAUAAAAAUCAUGAAAUUGCUGGGGGAAAAUACAAUUGUGUACAAUACAAGGGAUCAUCAGAACAACGUACUGUUCCUGUGCUACGAUGAAAAAAGCGAACAGUGCGAUGUGUGCGAUAGAUACAGGACAAAUUACAUGUCCAAUAUGCAUGCGUCGAGUUGUGCUCACCUGCCGGGGGGAGACUUGACAAACGCAAAGGCCAUGACAAACGGGAUUGCCACCACCAACGGAACUGCCGCGAUGAACGCACUGAGCGACUACUUCUUCGUGCUGGGGUCGACUUCCAACUCGAGGAAAUACAUACUGAAGCAGAGCAGCCUCGACUUCCUCUCAGUGCGCAUACACAUCAAUGAGAAAAAAAUCGGAUGCAGGAAAAGCCACGAUCCCCUCACCCUAACGUCCAACAUAGCAGUGGGAAAAGGAUUGAAGCUACUAAACAUGAUUAAAAAAGAUAUUACACUACAAAAACAAAUUAAGGAUCUGAGUAAAGGUAAAAAAGUUGUGCUCUUGGUCGGAGAUGAAGUCAUAUACUGCAACAACAAAAUAUAUGAGAAACCAAAAAAUGAAAAGGAAGCUACUAACUUCCUCAAGUCCUACAACAAUAACAAAUGCUAUAGUUAUAGUAGCAUCACCUUAAUCGAAUUAGAAACAGAAAAAAUUAUCACCGGAAUUGAUGAAUCUAUUGUUAAUAUAUAUGACAUGGACGAUUCAGUAGUGAAGAAAAUCCUUCAUGAUUCUUCUAUAUACUUUUGCGCAGGGGCAUUGAAAAUUGAAAAUACUCACAUGCACAAACAUAUAAAAGUUAUCAAAGGAAAUAUUGACAGCAUCUUCGGUUUGUCACUAAAUCUUCUCUUCCACCUCGUGAACUUUCUGUGA